AUGGCUUCUCAAGAAUUUACUGUGCUGUACACUCACCAAAAAAUGAAAAAGUCGAAGACGUGGCAAGAUGGAAUUCUGAGGAUUAGAACUGGUGGAAAUAAGGCUAUCUUGUUUGAUGAUAAAGGACAAUGUUUGGAGAGUCUUUUUAUAAAAUCUCAGGUGAAUACUGGAGAUAAUUUAGAAAGUGAAAGAUACUUGAUCACAGUUGAAGCAGUGAAAGCAAAUGAGAAAUCUGUUGAAGAUCAGACGAGGAAAGCAGAAACUCCGGCAGUGGAUAGAAAUGGUGUAAAACCUGGUGUUCUGCCUCCAAGACAUCUGUCUGUUGGCUUGAAAAGGAAAUUUACAGGUUUCCAAGGGCCACGCCAAGUUGAAAAGAAGAAAUCGACGAUGGAAGAUGGAGAAAACCCAACAAUAUUGCCUUUAUCUAAGCAGUGUCAAGGUUCUUUUCCAUCCAAGUUUUAUGUUACCUCUCCGUUAUUUUCUACGAUUUGCAAGAAGGAUGCAGAAACAAAUCUAUCUGCAGGCUUUCAUGAAGAUGCACGUACAGAUAAUGAUACAGAACACCUAUCUCUCUCCUCCCUGCUUUCAGCUCCGUUCCUCGACAGAUAUGAGGAGACAGAGAAGCAAAACUCUGACCAGUCCACUGUGAAGUCAGAAUCUCCUCGAAUUACUGGGCACUCCACAUCUAGUAGUCAGAGAGCUGGUCACGGGGCAGUGUCACACAACAUCAGGAGCACAGCACAGAUAAUAGCUCUUUUGCAGUCUAAACCAACAGAAGGAGGCAGAGAGCAAGCAACGUCUCAAGUCACAGAAUGUCUUUCUAGGUUUCAGGCAUCAGAAAAUGCAGAUAGUUUAUAUAACCAAAAAAGCACAGUCCUACCUGCUUUUUCAGGCAACCCUGCCAAAAGACUCGUUCAAAAUAUUCAGCACCCGCCUUUGACAAAGGGAACUGUAAAUGAUAAAAAGGGACAGAAUGCUGAAAUGUUUGUAAAUUCAGUUGAACGACCUUGUGAUAAAGAAGUCGCAGGACAGAGACUUGUCAAAAAGGCAAAUAAUCUAAGUCAAGACUUACAAGAUUCCUGCAAUACAAAUGGUCGCUUCCUACCUGAAUCCACCGUAAGUGGAAUGAGUGACAGUCAGUUUGUCACAUCCUCAGGUGACGUUUCGCCUUCAUCGAGUCCAAUCAGCUUUGAAAAUCUCUUCAGAUACCGGGAGCGUUCAGUGACUAACAGUCUUAAGGAGAAUUCAUCUGUGAAGUUGCAAAGCAAGCUUCAGCCAAGACAAAACUCCGAAAGAGUGCUGGGUGACCUGGAGUUCUCUGUGGACGUAACACUGACUGAAACUGGAAUUGUAAAGGAGGAGUUAGGUAUGCACGGCAAAGACUGCGGUCCGGAUGAGCAGGUGAUGGAGAUUAACUUCAAUCUAAUGGAGGCCUUUGAUUUUAAUGACACAGACAAUGAAAAGCUCUGCGAAAGAGACGUGAAUAAGCUCACUGAAGGAAACGUGCUUUCACAAAGUCCGGAUUGCUUAAAGGGAGAUGAUGUAGCGCAGAAUACUGCGCUGAGACUUCAUUCUUGCUGUGAAGCAGUGACAGACUGUGAAAAGGAAGUUAAACGUUCAACAACUGAUGAAGGGUAUGAUGGAAAUCUCUGUGCUGAGGGCAUACCAUCUCAGCGUAGUAACAGCAAUGUUGGAGAGGCAGGGAAAAUUGCAGAAGACUCUGCAAACCAGACCGGAAUUGAAGUGGAACUUUUGGGUGAUGGACACAAUGUAAAAGAGAUGAAUGAAAGUCAAUUAAGUAUUGGAGCCACAAACAAUAAGAAGGAUCUUGAUGGCUGUGCCGCGCAUACCAUUAAAGACAUGUCAUGGACAAAAAGCAAGCACUCGGAUCUUUUGCCUGGUGACACAGAUGUUAAUGAAUGUCACCCUAUAAGCAGAAUGUUUGAGAAAACGGAAAGUGUUCCACGUGUUUCUAGCAGUAGAAUAAUUUCUGCAAUGGAGAAAACGACCCAAGAAGAUGUUAUACAGCUUGGAUGCAUGAAAUCCCCAGAUGUUGAUUUAGAAAGCUUCUGGGGUAUUAAAAGUGAUGACAUUAAACCAGGUAGUCCUUUGCUGGCUUUGUCACGAAAAUCACAUCCUAGCUACGGCUCGUUCCAAUAUAUUGCAGAAGACCAUGAAAAGGUAUUUGGCAUUUCACCUAAGGAAGAUACUGUAACUUCCAGAAGUUCUAUCUGUCCUUUAGGAAAAGGCCAUUCAUCUCCAGAGGAAACAGCAAUAGGUGAAACUAAGUUUGAAAAUGUAGAGACCAUAAAUGCCUUUCGUGAAGCCCGCAAAAGUGAAAUAGGAAUGGAUUGCCCGAAAUGCACGGCAAUGGCUGAAAAUUCAUCAGAUCUUCCUGAUUUGGUAAACAAUAUCGCUCUUCUAAGAGCUUUGACUCAACAUAGCACAGCAUUAGAAAGCUUACAAAAGAUGGAGGAAAAUAAUAGCCUAUUAUGCGAAGCAGAGAAUUCUAAGGAGAUGUUUGAACCCCUUGUGAAAGAUGAAGCUAUAAAACAGUUUACAGAAAUGCCUUACUCAGAAAGUAUACAGGCAUCUUCCUGUUCAUACUUUGAUUCUUCUGGCUUUAUGCCUGUUGCAUUUCAAGGGCACCAAGUAAAGGGCUCAGCAGCUAGCGAGGUAAUGUUGAGAGCUCCCUGCGCCCAGCUAGGAUGGCAGCAGUACCCAGAUUAUACGGAGUUUGCAGCUGAGAGAUUUUUGUCACCCCCGCUCUCGAGCAAUUAUGUCCUUUCUGACUCCAGACAGUCUCCAGGUUCAAGAAGUCCUCAUGAGGAUGAUAUCAACUUUAUCAGAGAAGAGAAUUUUCAGAAGUCGAACGUCAUUACAGAGUCAAGAAUAGAUGAGUCCUCUUCAGGAAGUGAGGAAACUAUUGGAGACAUGCAGGAGCCCCUGAUACACAGGAUCUUGCGAAGUGAACCAGAACGUUCAGUUUUCUCUUUCAGACGGGAGCGAUCCAGCUAUCCAGAGGAAUGCAACCUCUCAAGCUUCAAACCCUCGGUUAAAACACGGACCCCAUUUGUCACCCUUCCUGCCACUGAGAAGGUUCCCGACGCAGUUUAUCCGACUGACAGCGAGGAGGUCCAGCAAUCAUUCGGCUCUUCUGUAGUCCAUUUAGGCAACAAGUCAGCGGUAUUUCCUAUUAGUGCUUUUGGCCCCGAGGACAGAAAUUAUGAACCCUCUGUGUUUGGAGAGUAUACGGAAGACGGACAAAUGGAAGACGGACAAAUGGAAGACGGACAAAAGGAGUCCGUACAACCAGUGUUCCCUAAUUUGACUUCACAAUACAGACAAAGCAAGUGGCUGAAAUACCAAAACAGCGCUCAGUGUGACUUGAUCACUCAAAACAGCGAUGAUGGGGAUGUGACCGAUGACAUCUGCGUUGAGAGUGCCCUUGGAAUGCCGCUGGGUGACACAGGAGAGAGCGGCGCCGUGAAGAAAAGUGCUCCCGGCUCUGCAUCUCUGCUGACAGCGAAGAGCACGCCUGCUCAAUGCUGUGCAAAUACCCGCGACCAAGAUUUGAUUUCAGAGGGGAAGUUACUUUCUCUGCACUCAAGUCAGACACCUUUGGCUGAAGCAACACAAAAGGUGUUAAGUCAUCUGAGCUGCCACGCUGGAACAGGAGACGGCCAGGACAUAACAAUUUCCGAGUUGUCUUUUCCUAGUGUGGAUAAAGUAAAAUAUGCUAAUCUUCCAAAAAGAAAGAUUUCCAUACCAAUUGUGUUUCAGUCUUACGUUCACUACAAACAGAUUUUUAAAGCUGCUCUGACAGAGCAAUUAAACAUCAUGCUAUUUGAGUUGUCGCAAAGAUUGCACGAUGCUCUUUCGAAAGUAGAUAUAUCAUUUUACACUUCGUUGAAAGAUGGGCAAAGCGAGAGCAAAGCAAGCUGCGGUCCAGUCUGCAGUCACACGCGUCCUGCGAAGCUCGUGAUGGUUAAAAAAGAAGGUCAAAACAAGGGUCGUUGGUUUUAUACCUGUGAUGCCCCAAAAGCUGAGCGGUGUUCGUUUUUCAAGUGGGUAGAAGACGUGAACCCUGCGCAGCUGAAAUCCAGACCUGGUGUAGUGCUUCAUGAUAUAAAAAGUAUUGGGACGUACCUCAGAAGUCAAAAGAUUUCUCUCUCUGAGGGAUGCCAGCUUUUGGUGAGGAAAGCCUUUGAAAUUCAAACACAGCGGUGUAGUAAGUUCAAGAAAUUUAUGAAUACAUCUGCCAGAUUUGAUGGUGAUUCCAAAACCAAAUUAUACCUCAAACUGAACAGAAAGGAGCAUUAUUCUCUCUAUAGCAAAGAUGAUAUUUGGGUUGUCUCAAAGACUCUGAACUUUGAUCCCCCGGAUACUUUCAUUGCAAGUAGUGCUUUCUUUGGACCCUCCUCCAACAACGAAGUGGAAUUACUACCACUGAAAGGCUACUGCCCCUCCAACUGGCGAUCAAAUACGUUGGUUCAUGCCUUGCUGGUUUGUAACGCUAGUGGUGAGCUUACAUCUUUAAGAAAUAUGGAGGAGCACUUCAAUCCAUCUACGUUACCGCUAAUACCUUAUCUACUGAAAAUGAAUUUUGAUUCUGAAAAUGCCUCCAAGAGAGUAAACAAAAGAAAAUUUAUCCCACCUGCCGUCAGCCUGAAACGCACAGUGAUGUAUGGAGCAGUCAGCACUGAAGCGGCGAUGGGGUUAGCUAAAAAGAUGAUCCAAACGUUCUCGUUGAACCCAGAUCAAGCGACGUCGCUGCUUCGGGUAGCUCAGAUGAUGGCCUCGUGUGAAAACACCAAAGCAGCGCAAGAACAUCAGAUCUUCCCGAUCACUAUCAUACGUGGCGUGUUUGGAGCUGGAAAGAGCUAUCUGCUGUCUGUUGUGGUCCUGUUCCUGGUACGACUCUUUGAAAGCAGUGAAGCUACGGAGGGUCCCAGGUCAGCUCCGUGGAAACUCUUGAUUGCUUCUUCCACUAACGUUGCCGUGGACAGGAUACUGCUGGGUCUACUUGAUCUUGGAUUUGAGGAUUUUAUCAGAGUGGGGAGUAUUAGGAAAAUCACCAAAGCAAUUCUUCCCUAUAGCUUACAUGCUGGCUCGGGAAACGAAAAUGAGCAGUUAAAAGAACUGCUUGCUCUCAUGAAAGAAGACUUAACUCCAGUUGAAAAAAUGUACGUAAGGAAGAGUAUUGAGCAACAUAAACUGGGGACCAAUAAAACCAUACUGCAACAGGUAAGAGUGGUUGGAGUGACGUGUGCUGCCUGCCCGUUCCCUUCUCUGAACGCUCUGAAGUUUCCCGUGGUGAUGCUGGAUGAGUGCAGUCAGAUGACUGAACCCGCUUCUCUCCUUCCUAUCGCAAGGUUUCAGUGCGAAAAGCUAGUCCUUGUUGGAGACCCUAAGCAAUUGCCGCCAACUAUUCAAGGGUCUGAGAGCGUUCAUGCCAAGGGAUUGGAGCAGACUCUCUUUGACCGGCUUUGCUUAAUGGGACAUAAAACAAUACUUCUUCGGACACAGUACCGAUGUCACCCUGCUAUUAGUGCCAUAGCCAACGAGCUGUUCUAUGAAGGACAUCUGAUAGAUGGUGUUUCCGAGAAAGACAGAAGUCCUUUAUUGGAUUGGCUCCCGACACUAUGUUUUUACAGUGUUAAUGGGGUAGAGCAAAUCGAACGAGACACCAGCUUUUACAACGUGGCAGAAGUUCAUUUUACGGUCAAGCUCAUCCAGGCUCUGAUCGCAAGUGGAAUCGAAGGGUCUGCAAUUGGUGUGAUUACUCUCUAUAAAUCCCAGAUGUGUAAGAUUCAGAAUUCGCUUAGCGGUGUACACUCUGAGGCUUUUGAAGUUAAAGCUGUCCAGGUCUCCACUGUGGACGCGUUCCAAGGAGCUGAGAAGGAGAUCGUCGUUUUGUCGUGCGUGAGAACAAGACAAAUUGGGUUCAUAGACUCGGAAAAGAGAAUGAACGUUGCGCUGACCAGGGCAAAGAGGCAUCUGUUGAUCGUUGGAAAUUUGGCCUGUUUAAGUAAGAACAGACUGUGGGGAAGAGUAAUUCAGCACUGCAAAGGAUGGGAAAAUGGAUUGCAACACGUAAGCCAGUGUGAGCAGCAGCUGAACGACAUUCUGAAGUAUUAUUUGGAGAAAAGGAAAGAAGAGGAACAGAAUCAGAAAAAGGAAAAAUAAAACGUG